AUGGCGACAGCCGCGAUGCGCGAAUCGGCCGAUCCGGCGAAUGGCCAACCAACCCCACGGCCGGUAAAGGGAGCUCGCAGAGCUUCGGAGAGUCGCAGGCAUAGCACAACUGUCCCAAGUGUGACCAGCUAUGACGAAGAAACAGAUUAUGCUCCAUUUGCGGCAGAGGGUUCCUAUCCACAAUCGGCGCCCAAAGCUUCGUCAGGGCCCAGGGGAUCAGGAGCGCCAAGUCGGUCAUUUUCAGCCAGAGCAGCCGCCAAUCUUAACUACACUACGCGCAAGCCUGCGCCAGUGGCUCCUCCAGGGCUGAAUGAAGAAUCCACUACUCCACGAGGCCUUCCCCCUGCCGAGUAUCUUCAGGGCACCAAUGCAGCCAUCUCAAGGAGUGAAGAGGCGCAGCCUCCUCCGGAGGUUCCUGCUGCUCCGAGUUUGCCCUCUCCACCAACUAGAUCGAACACUAUGCGCUCGACGAGUGGGACGAGUACCAAGCGGGAUUGGGCCUCGGACCGCUCGCCAUUACAGAAGCUCGAAGUGACUCUCAACGGAAUCAGCAAAGAGGAGAAGCGAGCCCGCGUACAAGAAGCUGAGAUGCGACUACGGGAACGCCUUGCUCGACAGAAGAUUGAAAAGGAGAAGGCCGAAGCUGCUGCUGCGGCGGCGGCGGUUAGCACUGCGAGUGCCCCUCGGCCUAAUUCGAAGCAGAGCGCGUACUCGGAAGAUCGUGGGACUCCUGCUUCCACCAGAAGAUCUAUACAGAGGGAAGAGCUUGCUCGGGCUGCACCACCUGUGGCUCGACCACCGGGAGGCACCGCUGUCCGCCACAACAGAGCGGUCUCAAUGAACGCCCAGUACCCGGCAAUCCGUCAACCCGAAGAUGCGCAAUAUGCCGGCGCUGAAAAUGUCAAACCCUCGCCAGUAAAGAUGGGUAGUGUUCCCCGAAGAUCAGUUACAGUGCGCGAACACGGCGCAAGGGAAGGACCGAUCGAGAGACCUAUGCACACUCGCUCAGUAUCUCAGCAAGGGCCUCCGAAGACGAUGCAGCCUGUUGUUGCUGUCUCUAGCGCGGAGAGAAUCGAGACCUCUUCUACGGCGAAGUCUCUAUCUGGUGCGUCGCUGCCGAGGUCAAAACCAAGACAAACAGUGUCGUUCGAUGUACCCCCACCGACGCCUCCGCCCAUUUUUGAAUGGAGAGAUGCUCCUAUUGCUCGACUUGGAGCCGCCGACUUUGACUUCCAACAUCUGGAUAUUGAUCGAAGCAAAGCAUGGUGGGAAGGUGGCACCUCAGCCGAUCGCAGGAAGAGCAGGGCCCUCCCCCAAGAACUAUCAAACUGCGGCCCAGAAAGAGUCACCGAGCACAAGAACUUCCAGCCCAAGUUAUUCUUAAGAUGCGGACCUCUCCUUCGAUACACUGGCAUGAAGAAAGAAAAUAUCGAUGGAACCCAUGGGCCCGUCGAAAAGGAAUUCUGGAGAGGCUCUAUCAUGAUAGUUACGAAAGAUUCCCGCUCUUCUUACGACGUCCCGCCCACCCUGAGACUUUUCUCUCAGCCAAUGGAUCUCUUACCUCCUCCACCAGCAGAGGUUAGUGGUGAGAACGGAGCUUUGGCACCUGAAUAUGUCGACCCUACAGCCGGUCUUAUGAAGGUUGGCCGAGAUGGACGUCCACUUUAUGUCAAGCCAGUGGACCACCUGGAGGAAGAGGUCGAUCUGUCUGCCGUGGAAACUGAUGACGGAAUCUAUGAGCUAUCUCCUAGCAUGAUUGAUUAUAGCGCUGAGGGAUCCAAGCAACCAAUUCCCUCGAACAGGAUUCACCCCGUUGAUGGCGAGACUGCAGGGCUGCACCGAGACAUUACUGGAGUGCGCUUGUACGCCGAUGCUGCCAGAGAUGUGACAUUCUGGAGAUUCAAUCUCGAGAUCGAGCUCAGUGCAACGCAACAGCGAAUUGCAUACCGCAUCAAUCAAGGCCCCGCCCUGGGCUUCUGGGUCCCAGCUAUGAGCAAGCCUAUGAAUAUUAUGUUCCAUAGCGGCAACGGCUUCGGCCCUAACGUCGAUUCCAACCCUCUGUGCGGACCCGAUCCACUUUGGCGAGACAUUCUGAAUGAACAUCAGACCCAGCCAUUCCAUGUGAUGAUUGGAGGAGGUGACCAGAUAUUCAAUGACGGUGUUAUCACAGACCUUGCUAUGUUCCAGGAAUGGAUCAAGAUCAAGAAUGCCGCAGAUCGGUACGGUGCACCACUCACUCCCGAGUUCCGCGCAGAACUCGAGAAGUUCUACCUCGAGCGCUACGCUUCAUGGUUCUCACAGGGGCUUUUCUCCCUGGCUAACUCCCAGAUCCCAAUGGUGAACAUUUGGAACGAUCAUGAAAUCUUUGAAGGGUUCGGAUCCUACAAUGAAGAGUUCAUGCAAAGUGCUGUUAUCUCCGGCCUGGGCAAGAUCGCGUUCAAGUAUUACCUCUUGUUCCAACACCACAGCGUGCCCGAUGAAACAGAAGUGGACGAGUCUAGCUGGCUCCUUGGUGCCAGACCAGGCCCGUACAUUGAGCAAAGAAGCCGAAAUUUGUUCAUGUCACUGGGCAGCGAUGUGGCCUUCUUGGGCCUGGACUGCCGAACUGAACGACAGAGCAACGAGGUCCUCAGCCCAGAAACCUCUGAGCUGAUCUGGGAUAGAUGCCAUCGUGAAAUCGUCAAAGGAAAGACGAAGCAUCUGAUAGUCCUUUCUAGCAUACCCAUUGCCUAUCCUCGCGUGGUACGUAGCCGGCUGGACCCAUCUCCCCACUCAAAGCUGACUCGGACACCUCAAAAGGCCAUGCUCAAGAACUACAUGAAUAGCCGCAAGUCCCUCGGCAAAGCUGGCAUGAUCGGUGGUCUUGUUAACCGCUCUGGUGGUAACGUUGAAGUGUUUGAUGACCAUUGGGCUGGAAAGCACCUCAAGUCUGAACGCACGUGGCUAGUUGAGGACCUGCAAGAUCUUGCCGCGGAAAAAUCUGUCCGCGUCACAAUUCUCAGCGGUGAUGUUCAUCUGGCCGCCAUUGGGCAAUUCUAUUCCAAUCCCAAGUUGGAUAUCGCCAAAGAUCGAGAUUACCGAUACAUGCCGAAUGUGAUCUCCUCUGCUAUUGCCAACAUGCCCGAGACCGAGAUCAUCUCGGACAUGCUUAACAAGCGCAACACAGUCCACCAUAUUGACUCGAAUACGGACGAAGAUGUCAUCCCCAUUUUCACACAAGAUGUCGAUGGCAAGCCCCGGAACAAUAAACGUCUCCUCCCCCGGCGCAAUUGGUGCUCUAUCCGGGAAUACCGUCCCGGCUCUACACCCCCUGGCACUCCCGAAUCCGAAAUGACACCAACUCCCGAGCCCCGUCCCGGCAAACUUCAGCGAACCUUGUCGCUGGGACGUGGAGACAAGGGACCUGGCAGUAAACCCGGAGGCCUUUUGCGACGACUUUCAACCCGACGUGGACCUCCAACCCGAACCAUGAGUAUCGGACGCGAGGCAGGUGUAUCUGCUCGACGAGCCAGCGUCGACGCCCCUUUCCCUCGACCCCACGAAAGCGCAGACAGCUACUUCCCUAAGGACCCGCAGGAGCCUCCUCGACCGGGACAAUUCCACCGCCGACCAACCAACCUCAGCCUAAAGGCAGGUAAGAAAGCAGCAAAACAACAGGGCGACGACGGGGCUGGUGCUCUCGUGGAUCUCGAAGGAGGCCUAGCCAUCACUCUGAACCUGGAGAUUAGCCCGCACGACCCCGCCGGCAUCACCGUACCCUACAAGCUCCUCGUGCCGGUACUCCGCUACGACGGGACAGCAUUCGACCCCGAGCCCACACCCGUGGUCAAGGGCUGGCGCAAGUGGCUACGCAUGCCGCGCCGGAAGAAGAACGAGGAGGAUCCUCACGGCGCUGAAUACGACGACGAGGAUGCUGAUGAUUACGAAGACCAUGACACUAUCAAUAAUACCCGCGCGAAUGCCGCUGCAACACACCCGCACUAUGAUGAAUACCCAGGAAGCGAGGAGGAUGAAGAAGAUGCAUCCGUGCCGCAACGAGUGCCUCCCCAGCCAAAGGCUGAUGAGGCUUUUGAAGAUGAUGAGGACUAUGAGGAUGAGGAGCCUAGUCGGAGACGGAAGAAGUGGUUUGGAUUGGUGUGA